AGCAACGUUCCCUGCGGAGUCUAAUUUGGGAAGCGCAGUGCCUCGUCCGACCGCGAACGGGGAAUCCCGUUUCGUGCCGCCCGAGCCCGAAGCCCAAAUCUGGCUGCAAUAGCCCGAUCCGUCCCGUGACGAGCACAUUCUAAUCGGCGUAUCCGUGGUUCGUCCUCAUCCCCGCUUUCUCCUGAUCCCCAUGCGCGAUUGCGUUCGCCGGAAGUCGCCGAUGUAUCGCGGCGGCGGCAGAGGGGGAAUUCGAGAUAGGGUUUAUGCCUCCCUGGAUUGAUGAUCUGUCAGCUCGUACCCGGACAGGACCGAUGACGGGAUUUCUUGGUAGUUUCCUGCUGCCUCUACUGCUUCUGGCAGCUUCUUUGGUUGGUUGGAAUUUGAUUUCUCUGGUCAAUAUGCUCUUGUUUUUUGCCAUUCAAUUUACUACUCCAAGAGUAGGAUUCAAUUCUUGGAGAGUGUAUACUAUAGCUUGCUGUACUGUCAUCUUUUCAGUACUUGUGCUUAUAGCAGAAACAAUAUUUCAUAUUCUUUGGCAUAUUAAAGGGGACAAAUGGAUUGUUGCUGAUGCUGGCUGGUUCAAGCUAAUUGGAUUUGUGAGAGACCAGCCAUGGGGACCAACAUCAGCUAUUUAUUUUGUUAUUAUACAGCUAUCAACUGCUCUUGUUGCUUUAGUUGAAGUUCUCAGUAAUAGAUUUCACCAAGGCUCUUUCUUGCUAAACUUUUCAAUGUCUACAAAUGAUAUAGGUUAUCACCUGAGAGUUGUUUGCUGUUUAAUCCUUCCAGCUAUUCAGCUCGUUGUGGGAAUUAGUCAUCCAUCUUGGAUAUCUCUACCCUUCUUUAUUUGUAGUUGUAUUGGCCUUGUUGAUUGGUCUCUAACUAGCAACUUUCUUGGCCUUUUUCGGUGGUGGAGGCCUCUCCUGAUAUAUACUUGCUUCAGUAUUCUUCUCAUUUACACCUACCAGCUUCCUGUGAGUUUUCCUAACAUGUUCCUCACAUUUGCUGAUUUUGUUGGCCUGUACAAAAUAACAGGAAGAUCAGACUUUCCCGAACUCUGUUCUGGGGCAUCUCUUCUUUUAUUUUACUACAUGUUAUCCUCCGUCAAGUGUGAUCUGCAAGAAAUGGACUUUAUAAUGUCUAUGAAGAAUAGCAGUUUGGUGGAGCAACUUCUUCCAUCAAGGCAUUCAUUUUUCAUUCGUGAAUCUCGGUCAGGUAUGAGGCAUACUAAUUUUAUGUUGAGAGGAUCUGUUUUCCGGAAUUUCAGCGUUAACUUCUUCAUUUAUGGUUUUCCGGUGUUGCUAUUUUCACUUUCUUUUUGGAGCUUCAGUUUCAACAGUAUAUGUGCUUUUGGAUUGCUUGCAUAUGUUGGAUAUGUGUUAUUUGCCUUUCCCUCUAUUGUUGAACUACACCGGUUAAAUGGGAUGCUUCUAGUAUUCAUUCUGCUGUGGGCUACUAGCACAUACGUAUUCAAUGUGGCUUUCACAUUCCUUAACAAAAAAAUCCAGAAGGACAUGGUGAUUUGGGAAACUAUUGGACUAUGGCAUUAUCCUAUUCCGGGAUUUUUCCUACUUGCACAAUUUGGUCUAGGAGGGCUUGUGGCAUUGGUUAAUCUUGCAAACAAUUCUGUUUUUCAGUACUUGUAUGAUGAGGGUGGGCAAUUAUCUAAUACUGACAAUAUAGUUGAAGAAACGGAGGACACUAAAGUUCUAAUUGUAGCUACUAUAGCUUGGGGGCUACGCAAAAUUUCUCGUCCAAUUACCCUUGUGCUGUUGUUUCUUCUUGUCAUGAAACCUGGCCUUGUUCAUGCUGCUUAUAUGUGUUUCUUCCUGGUAUUUCUGUUGAGCCACUCUAUCAGCAAAAAGCUGCGGCAAGCUUUAGUUAUCUUUUGUGAAGCGCAUUUUGCAGUGUCAUAUAUCUUGCAGCUUGAUCUUAUAUCAAAAGCCUUGGAGCGUAGUAGUUCCUUGACUCAUCUAAUUCUUUCCCAAUUAGGUCUGCAGCAGCAUGCUGGCUACAUGGAUUUUCUGAAGAUAGGAGUACUGGUGUGUUUUUCUGCUUUGCAAAAUCAUGGAUUCGACAUCCUCUGUUCAUUUUCUGCUGUUCUCCAACAUACACCACGUCCUCCACUUGGAUUUAGUGUCUUAAAAGCCGGUCUUAAGAAAUCAGUGCUGCUAUCUGUGUACAACUCAACAAGCUCCAGAGACAGACACCAACGCUCUUCACAUGAGAAACAGAUAGCAGCGUAUCUCCGCAAAGUGAGUGAAAUAUUCUUGUCCACCUAUCACUCUUUUGGAACAUAUGUUGCAUUUUUAACAAUCCUUUUCACACUCUACCUUGUUACACCAAAUUAUGUAUCGUUUGGAUAUCUUUUCUUCCUCUUGGUUUGGAUAAUUGGAAGGCAACUCGUGGAGCAGACAAAAACUAGACUUUGGUUUCCCUUAAAGGUCUAUUCAGCAGUAGUUUUUAUUUGCACCUAUAGCUUGAGCACUUCUACUGUCUUGGCAUCAUGGGUGUCUAAGUUGGUGAACCUAUAUCCUGAUUUGGGUUUUAAUCCUGAAGCUUCUUUGUUGGAGAAUGUCUGGGAAUCUGUUGCUGUUCUAAUUGUUAUGCAACUCUACAGCUACGAAAGGAGACAGAGCAAAAAUAAGACAGUUGAUUCAUCUGCAGUGUCAGAAUUUGGAUUUCUUGGUUUUGUCAGAAGGUUCCUGAUAUGGCAUAGUGAAAAGCUCUUGUCAAUUGCUCUCUUUUAUGCUUCUUUGUCUUCAAUAAGUGUAUUUGGUCUUGUUUAUCUUCUUGGUCUUACUCUCUGUUCUUUUCUACCAAAAGUUGCGAGGAUUCCAUCCAAAGUAUUCCUUGUUUAUACAGGAUUACUGGUUGUGUCCGAAUAUUUAUUCCAAAUGUGGUGCAAGCUUGCUGACAUGUGUCCUGAUCAGCAACUCUAUCAUCUAGCUCUCUUUCUUGGUUUCAGGUAUUAUGAACCAGGAUUUUGGGGCCUUGAGUCUGGUUUAAGGGGAAAAAUUUUGGUAAUUGUUGCAUGCUCACUACAGUACAAUGUAUUUCACUGGUUAAGCAUGAUGCCGGCUGCUCUAGUACAUAAGGGUAAGUGGGAGGAACCAUGUCAGUUGUUUAUUUCAACAGAACAUUCAUCAAGAAAUGCUAUGGUGUGUGCUGAAGAAAAUGAGGGAUUGUUAGACUCAAUUACUUCAAGCGAAAGAACCUUUUCUCCAUCCUUUAACUCCAACCUCAACAGAACACCAGAGUUUGUUAAUGCUUCAGAGAACAACAAUAAGAGAUACUUGUUUUCAGACAUAUGGGGGAGUUCCAAAGAAAGCCACAAGUGGAACAAAAAACGUAUCCUUGCUUUAAGAAAAGAGAGGCUCGAGAUGCAGAAGACUACUUUGAAAAGCUUUACAAAAUUUUGGUUAGAAAAUUUAUUUAAACUCCGAGGACUUGAGAUUAACAUGAUCGUAUUAUUAUUGGCAAGUUUUGCAGUGUUGAAUGCUAUAUCUAUGUUUUACAUAUUAUGCCUUGUCACGUGCAUUCUUCUAAAACGAGAAGUUAUUCGUAAGUUGUGGCCUGUAUUUGUUUUCAUAUUUGCCUCUGUCUUGAUUGUUGAAUACUUUGUCACCUGGAAAGAUCUAGUUCCAUGGACUAGGGAAACUAGUGGGGUUGAAAUUCACUGCCAUGAUUGUUGGAGUAAGUCAGACCGCUACUUCAGAUUUUGCAAGCAAUGUUGGCUAGGGAUGAUUGUUGAUGAUUCACGAAUGCUUGUGAGCUACUAUUUGGUUUUUAUCUUUUCUUCUUUCAAACUCCGUGCUGAUCAUUAUUUAGGCUUCUCUGAAUCACAUACCUACUUUCAGAUGAUGUCCCAAAGGAUAAGGGCAUCUGUAUGGAAAGAUCUCUCAUUUGAAACAAAAAGCUUCUGGACAUUUCUUGACUAUCUGAGGCUGUACUCUUAUUGCCAUUUACUAGAUAUUGUACUUGCCUUAAUUUUGAUUACUGGAACUUUGGAAUAUGAUGUUUUGCAUCUUGGAUACCUUGGCUUUGCCCUUGUGUUCUUCCGGAUGAGACUAGAAAUACUUAAAAAGAAGAACAAAAUCUUCAAAUUUUUGCGAAUAUAUAAUUUUACAGUCAUUGUACUUUCUCUUGCCUAUCAAUCUCCCUAUCUUGGUGUCUUUAGUGCUGGCAAGUGUGAGCAGAUUGACUACAUAUAUGAAGUUAUUGGUUUUUAUAAAUAUGAUUAUGGAUUCAGAAUAACAUCAAGGUCUGCGUUGGUUGAGAUAAUAAUUUUUCUUCUAGUUUCUGUGCAGUCAUAUAUCUUCUACCCUGGAGAGUUUGAUUAUGUAGCGAGAUAUCUUGAAGCAGAACAUAUUGGUGCUAUGGUUCAAGAGCAAGAAAAAAUGGCUUCUUGGAAAAUUGCACAAUUGCAGCAUACCCGUAAAACAUUAGAACAAAAAUGUCAACGGAAUAUGCAAGUUGAAAAGAUAAAAUCUGAGAUGCUUAAUCUACAAGUUCAGCUCAAUAGCUUUAACUCUGUUCAGCCUCUUGACGAUGGCACACUGCAAACAGGUCUUCGACACAGAAGCUCAUCCAUCAGUAAAGAAAAAGUAGGUUGGAUGCCGGAUAACAAAUUUAGAUCACCUUCUAAGAAGGAUGAGGAUAGCAAUAAUGAAUUCUACCAUUCCUUUGACUUUGCAGUGCCUGAAAUAUACACAAAUGUCACGUCUCAGUUAAUAUCUGAUUUCCAAAGCUCACCAACUAGUGCAAAAAGCGGAAGCUCAAUUUCUGUAGAUAUGAAGCAUAACUCAGAUAAUAUUUGUGAGAUAAGCGAAGUUGGUGAUAUAGAUGAAUUAACAUUGUGGAAUACACAUAGAAGAGAGAGAGACAAGAUCAAGAAUAAAGAGAAUCCUUUGUCUUCUGCCGUGCAGCUAAUUGGUGAUGGUGUUUCACAAGUUCAGUCUCUUGGAAAUCAGGCAGUUACUAACAUUGUGAGUUUCUUAAACAUUGAGCCUGAAGACCCUGAUUCAACUGGGCAUUCCAAUACAGAUGCUGCAAUAGAUAAGGGACUAGAGAGACAGUGGAAUCCAGAAUAUGCUUAUUCGGAUGAAAUGUCCUCUGUUAAUUCUAGUACAGCCACAACAAGACCAUCAGCUAGUUUGCAAAUAGGAAGGAUCUUUCAGUUUAUAUGGUCACAAAUGCGCUCAAAUAAUGAUGUUGUUUGCUACUGUUGCUUCAUACUUGUGUUUCUGUGGAAUUUUAGUUUGCUAUCAAUGUUUUACCUUGCUGCUCUUUUCCUUUAUGCCCUUUGUGUAAAUUCUGGCCCUACUUUCAUGUUCUGGAUUAUAAUGCUGAUCUACACUGAGUUCAAUAUUUUGGUGCAAUACUUGUAUCAGAUUAUUAUCCAGCACUGUGGACUGAUCAUGGAGCUACCUCUAUUGCAAAAAUUGGGGUUCCCUGAACAUAAAAUAAAGGCAUCCUUUGUUGUAAGCACAUUACCUCUGUUUCUUGUGUAUAUAUCAACUCUUCUGCAAAGUUCAAUAACAGCCAAAGACGGUGAGUGGGCACCAGUGGCAGAUUUUAAAAUUUCAUUUGGCCAACAUCAUUUUGACGAAGGCUUUAGGUCAGUAACUGGUUGGAAGGAUAAGAUGCAAAGGCUAAUUUCAUCACUAAUGAAUCCAUUGUGGAUGAUAUCGAGAAGCUUCACUAGGUACUGGAGGUCAAUUACUCGAGGAUCAGAGGCACCCCCAUACUUUGUACAACUGUCGAUGGAAGUUAAUCCAUGGCCAGAUGGUGGAAUCCAACCAGAGAGCAUAGAAUCUAAAAUAAAUGAGUUGCUUAUUAAAUCUCAUGAAAAAAAAUGUGAUGCAGAAGAUGAAUUGCCAUGCCAUUCUGCUAGUAGAGUUCGAAUUCAAAGCAUUGACAGAAGUCAAGAAAAUAACAAUAUCAUUCUUGCUGUUCUUGAAGUUGUGUAUGCUUGUGCUCCUGUCAGAUGUGUGCCAGUAGAAUGGUACAGAUCAUUAACUCCAGCUGCAGAUGUAGCAGCAGAGAUUCAGAACUCUCUUGAAUUUGGAAUUCUCAAAAAUAUUCAAUUCCCAUACCCUAUUAUUUCUGUGAUUGGAGGCGGCAAAAGAGAAAUUGAUUUAUAUGCAUAUGUAUUUGGUGCUGAUUUGGCAGUUUUCUUUCUAGUUGCUAUGUUUUAUCAAUCAGUUAUCAAGAACAAUAGCAAGCUUAUUGAUGUUUAUCGACUUGAAGAUCAGUUUCCCAAGGAAUUUGUUUUCAUACUGAUGGUACUCUUUUUCUUAAUUGUUCUUGACCGCAUUAUAUACCUAUGUUCUUUUGGCAUCACCAAAGUUAUUUUUUACCUUUUCAAUCUCAUCCUCUUCACAUACUCAAUCACAGAUUAUGCUUGGUCUAUGAGAAUAUCAAGCAAUCAUAUUGGAGAACUUGCUCUUCGAGCUAUAUUUGUAACAAAAUCUAUUUCCUUAGUAUUACAGGCAUUACAAAUCCGCUAUGGGAUUCCAAACAAAAGCACCUUAUAUCGUCAUUUUUUGACAAGCAAAGUUACACAAAUACAUUAUUUGGGUUUUAGACUUUACCGUGUUAUACCAUUCUUAUACGAACUCCGAUGUGUACUGGAUUGGUCAUGCACUUAUACAUCUCUGACAAUUUAUGAUUGGUUGAAGUUGGAGGACAUCUAUGCAAGUUUAUUUCUUGUCAAAUGUGAUGCUGAUCUAAACAGAGCAAGACACAAUCUAGGCCAAAGACAAAGUAAAAUGACCAAAUUCUGCAGUGGCAUUUGUUUAUUCUUCAUUUUAAUAUGUGUAAUCUGGGCCCCUAUGCUGAUAUACAGCAGUGGUAAUCCAACCAACAUAGCUAAUCCUGUAGUUGAUGUUAGUAUUCAAAUUGAUAUCAAAUCAUUGGGUGGGAGGCUCACCCUAUACCAGUCAACUAUAUGUGAAAAAUUUCCCGGGGGCAGUCUGGGUAACUAUGACAUACUUAACCUUCAUAAUUAUCUGGAUACAUACAAUAUUGACGACAUUCAACUGAUCUGCUGUGAAGCUGAUUCAAGCACCAUUUUUAUGGCCCCCUCUAUAGUUCAGAGCAGAUAUGCCAGAUCCAUUGAUCAAAAUACCACUAUUAUUUUCACUUGGAUCUUCACAAGGGAGAGGCCAAAGGGGAAGGAAGCUGUGAAAUAUGAAUCAAAUGUUGAAAAUUGUCCCUGCUUAGAUAAUGUCAAACAAGUGCUGAGUGGCACUGGCACACUAGAUGGAUUUAAUAUACCUGAUGCUUAUCCUCAAUACUUUCGGGUAACUAGCUCUGGUGAAGUAAGGCCUCUUGAAGCACUUGUAAAAUCUGUAAGUGGCGAUCUUUUCAUAAAUAAUGGGAACCCUCCAUGGUGGUCCUUCAAUAUUAAUGUUACAGAUUCCCAGGAAUGCAAUGGACUGAUUGGACCAAGUGUUGUUGUUGUGUCUGAAGAGACACCACAAGGUAUCCUUGGUGAAACUAUUAGCAAGUUCAGCAUCUGGAGUCUCUAUCUUACUUUUGUUCUGGCUGUUGGACGAUUUAUUAGACUUCAGUGUUCUGACUUGAGAAUGAGAAUACCCUAUGAGAAUCUCCCCUCAUGUGACAGACUGAUAGCAAUAUGUGAGAACAUAUAUGCUGCUCGAGCUGAAGGCGAGUUAGAAGUUGAGGAGGUUCUCUAUUGGACCCUAAUAAAGAUCUACAGAUCUCCACACAUGCUUCUCGAGUACACCAAGUCAGAUUGAAACUAGGCAUCCAUGUCACUAAAGAUUGAUUGGACACACAAAGAAGAUUACAGACAUGUGAAGAACAUUACAGCAAUUGACAUCAAAAUCAAAAGUUUGUUUAUUUCAUUUGGCAUCAAAAUGUACUUGAGAAGUUUUGAAUUUAGCUCUUCUUAGAUUUAUCAAAUUAAUUAUUUAUUUGUUUGCAGAUGAGUUUGUCUGAAAUAGGUAACAUUGGAUUGCCAUUUUUUGGCAACAUCCAAAUGCCAUGAUAACCUCGUUAAUCUUAGGUGUAACAAUAUAUGUAAAUAGAUGUUACUUACAAAGCUUAAUUUUUCUUGUAUUUA